AUGCUGAAGGGCUUGGAGGGGGCAGCUGAGAGUGUGUCUCCAAAUUUCGUGAAGUGUCAGUGCACAACUCAUUGUAUGACCAGCUCCUUGGCUAAACAGAGGCUUCGGGAUGCUGUAUUUACUUCUACCGAUUUCAGGCAAGAGCCAGGCUCAUCAGAGCUGUCAUGGGUGUCACACGAUGGAAACAAUGAGGCCCCUGACCUCUUGACAGAAAUAACCUCUAAAUGCAGUCUGACCAGCGCCAGCAGCCAGGAUUGCUUCCUUCCAGCGGCAUCGUUUCUGAAGAAGAGGCUGGUGAGGAGGCCAGGCUACAUGAGAGCUGCCACCGGACCGCAGACCGGGCUUUCCCCUCCUGUCGUGGGCACCCCGCUUCAUGCUCCGGACACAGUCUGCAGCGAGGAGAACCACACUGAGUCCAGGGCCAGGCAUUGCGGACUCUUCCUCGGCGGCCUGGCUGUGGCCUCUGGGGGCCAGCCAGGCCCAGCUCUGAGCUCUGCGAAGGGAGACUUCUACUUCAAGAUUCAGUCCAGAACGGAUCCCACACUGUCCGACAGGCUUCCCGGGCCCUGCAGGCCUGGGCAUGUGGGGUGCCUUAUGGACGGACCUGGAGUUCCUGGACCAGCCCAUGAAGUGGCCUCUGAUGAAGGAGCAAGGGACAUCUGUGGACAGGAGGACAGCAACCGCAGCAGCCAGGGCAGUGGCCUCCAGGUCUCCUCAGCCUCUCCCUGCUCUCAUGAUGCCUUUACCUCAAGAUUCAGCUUUAUCCAACUCUCCCUGGGCUCUUGGGGGGGACAUGGGAGAGGAGAAAUCUGCCCACCAUCUAGAGAGGCCGAACCUCUUGGCCAGAAGCCCACCGACAUGAGACCCAAAGCUGCCAGCCUGCACAGGACCCAGGAGGACCCGGGGCUUCUCUCCAGGCCACUGUAUCCCAAGGUGACGCAAGAGCUGGAGGACGGUGCCAGGGCCACAGGGAGCAACCCCAGCUCAGGAAGAGAGACUCUUCCAUCACUUGAUGGGGAUUCUGCCCCAUCUUGCUCCUUGGCAUCUGGCCCCAUUGGUUCGGAGGCCACCAUUUUGGGGAUUACUCCGAGCUGGGACCCGCUGCUCAAGAAGUAUGAACCUGCCCUUCGUGACUGCCUGCUCAGCAACCAGAAACAAUUAAAGAUAAAAUCCUUAAGAUUGAAGCUUCAGAAACUUCAAGACAAAGCAAUUGAGGAUGAUGAUUAUGAUAAAGCCGAGAAGCUGAAGCAAAGUCUCCAGGAGCUGGCGAAGGAGAACGGCACCCUGCAGUUUCAGCUUCCCUCCAGGCAUCCCGCCGUCAGCCAGGUUCUGGACCGAAUGGGAGCACAGGUGCAGGCCGCCUUGUGCGGGGCAGCUCGGCAAGCCAGCAGUGAAAACACUCAACCCAUCUUCAUAACAGAGCCGAAACUACUGGAACCUGUUGCUCAGGACAGACUGCGUGUGUCUAUCACUAGGCGAGACCGGCUUCUUCAGGAAAAGCAGCAGCUUCAGAAAGAAAUCAAAGCUCUGCAAGCAAGAAUGUCUAUGCUGGAAGCAAAAGAUGAGCAACUGAAGAGGGAGCUAGAUGCACAGGAGCAGCUGCUGAGCUGGCCAGGUUGUGAAUUGGCUGCACUCGCCAGUACACUGUCCCUGGAUGAGCUACAGAAAAUGGGGCGAGCUCUGGAUGACACCCUGGCAUCGGCCAAUCAGCUUCUGUGCCUUGUGGAGACACCAGAAUCCAUAAGAAGCCUCCAGGAAAGAAUAAAAUCCCUCAGCCUGUCCCUCAAAGAAAUCAUUGCUAAGAUGUGUAUGAGUGACAGACUCAUUAGGACUCUGAGGAAGAAAGUUAGCGAUAUCGAAGUCCAACUACCAGCCUUGCUUGAAGCCAAAAUGCUUGCCAUAUCAGGAAGCGACUUCUAUACAGCCAGAGACCUGACAGAAGAGAUCUGGGCGUUCGUCUCCGAGAGGGACGGGCUGGAGGAGCUCCUCAACAAGCUGUUGGUGCUGGGAUCCAGGACUAGCAGAAAGUUGGAGAAUAUUAAAGAAGAUCACAGUAAACUGAGAAAAGAGCUGAAGCACGAGGAAACGGCCUACGGCACAACUGUGAAGGAAAAUACUAUGAAAUACAUGGAAAUGCUUGAGGAUAAACUGCACAGCUGCCAGAGUCCACUGCUUGAAAAAGUGUGGGAAGCGGACUUGGAAGCUUGUCGGCUCUUUAUCGAGAGCAUGCAGCUGGAGGAGGCCAGGUGCGGCUUGAGUGUAGAAGACGAGAGGCUAACAGGUGACGUGGAGGACACUGCCUUUAUGACUCCCAUCGUCCGACCACCUGGGCUUCUCUCAGAAGAUGGAAAGAAGACUGCUUUGCAGGCCAAUGAUGAGUGGAAGGCUCCGUGGAGCCCCUCUCCUCACUUUGCUGGCAGCAUGCAGAAAGAGGAGUCUUACAUCCUUUCUGAAGAAUUUGGAGAAAAAUGUGAAGCUAUAGGCAAGAAGUUAUUGAACUUAGAAGAUCAACUUCACACAGCAAUUCAUUGUCAUAAUGAAGAUCUCAUUCAGUCUCUCAGGAGGGAGCUGCAGACGGUGAAGGAAACUCUGCAGGUCAUGAUCCUACAGCUCCAGACAGCCAGGGAGACUGAGGAAAAGGAUGCAGCUUCCUGUCUAACAGCUGGCAUCUAUACCAGGACCUGUAGGACAGGACAGGAGGGCUCAUCUCCAUUCCUGUAGCCUCUCUCGUGACCUACUAUAUGUCUGAUAUGCCUAAAUACAUCAUAAAGUGCUGGAGCACUGAGAUCUCCCCGCAGGAAAGGGGUCACAUCUGAGGACUGAACUGGGGGUUUGCAAACUGAAAUAUUGAGGGGGAGGGUUAUUGCUAACGUUCUUUUAACGGACAGUUACAGCUUUUUCCCCCUGCCAUAUUACUAAAGGAUACAUCCUGCUCUGGAUUUGAAAAUCUCCCCAUCUCAGCCCCAUUUCAAGGAGGGUAGAUUUAAUUCUUGAGAAGAAUGCCUCCCUUUCUGGGUCAUCUUGCUUUCUGCUACAGUUAUAAUUUUUCGUUUGAGAGCCUGAAAAAGGGGGAGCCUACUGCUAGUCUUCCCCCCACUGGACCUGUCACACUGUGAGCCCAUGAUUAAACAGACAA